GCGUGGCAAGAGGACGAGAGGAGACAACGAAAGAACGAGAUAGGCAGGUUAGAGCUUGUCAAGGGAGAUUGGAUUAACUUGCUUGAGGAUUAUUCGGCGAAGAAGCAUAAAGUUCCAGUCGAUACUGCAACCACUAGAGAUAUGAUAAGAGUUACACGUAAAAGCGAAGCGUGUAACAGCCACGAGAUUGAUACUUCACGGACAAUUUUUCAAUCGACGCUUGGACCUCGAGAAAUACCGAAUUUGGAGAGCAUUAUUCGCAAUUUCGAGAAGGGUUAUCUCUCGCCUUCGAAAAAGGAGAAAGCAACCGACGAAUACAAGCAGAGGAACUUCGUCAAGAAGAUCGUCGAAGCUUUCGAAGUGAAAUACAAUAUUUAUAACGAUUCGAAGACCGCGCAGGAGAUUUCAGAAAGUCUGGAAGCAAAUAAGUCGAAAGCUGCACCUAUGCUGGAAUCUUUGAAAAGAAAAUCGAGGAUACUCCGCAAUCCUUUCAAAAGCGCUUCCUCGCGUUCGAAUCCAAAUAGCGGGGACGUUGACGAAUGUGACGGAGGUGCCUUGUCAUCCGAGCAGAGAAUUUCUCGUACGUCGCGGGACAAUAACAGACUUCAGAGAAGACUAAGAAUGUUAGAAGAUUCGAAGCGCUUAAGCGAAUCAGAGAUGAUCUUGUCUGCAUUCGGUCGCAAAUCUUCUGGUCUGGAGAUCUGCUCGACUUUCUUGCAUUCCAGUUCCGAUUCCUCGAGCCCCCCUAAUUGCUUCACAAGAGCAGAGCUGAUGCGAAAGAUCGAGCUUUCCGACUCGAUGAAAACGUCCUCUCCCGACAAGACGAAGACGACGAAUAGAGCCGAUAUCUACGUAACUUCGCCGGAAGAAACUGUUUCUACACCCAACGACUCUCUUCCAACAACGAGUACCUUGAUCGACGAGUCCCUGCAAAGCGAGCAUAAUUCGACGUUGUCAGAAACUUCACAUGUCGAUACAUCUCCAAGGGUAGUCGGGGCAUUUCUGAAGAAACCGAUCAACGUCGAGGACACUUUCAUCGAUUGGAUACCUGUCAUCGGAAAGAGGCUGCCGCGGAAGAGAUCGCUGAAGAAGCUGCUCUGUUCGUUCAACAGAAGCAGGCUCAUCAAAAGGUUCUCGUCGGAAAGAAACCUGACCGAGGAACCGCGAGAACUCGAAGAUUCUGACGAAGAGAGAUCUUGUUCCUCUAUGUCUCUAACUUCUCUGGUUUCCGUCGCUGACGUGCUACGUCACCAAGAAAACAUUUAUUUCCAAUUUAGCGGAAGAAGCGACCUGAAAACUUUCAAAUCGAAGAGCACAUCGAACGAAGAACUGAGCGAACAACAAAGUAACACGUUCGUUCGAUAUCACAGAAGCCAAAAGGGAAAACAGCUGCUUUUAACGGAGGUGCCACGCGAGGACGUGAAUCUGGAUCUUGGCCCGUCCUAUCCUCCUCCUUCUCAGACGACUCCGCUUCUAUCGCCUUUAGUUGGCGAACAACUUGUACCCAAGCUACCGAACCAUCCACGCGUAUCGAAGAUCUCGAAAAAUCUGUUCGUUACCUCGAUUAAGAUAGACAACUUGGCGAAAUUUAACAGCUGUCAGGUGUAUCGCAACGAUAAUGCCUCGUCAUCGGUGACCAUUAAGAACGACCUGUACGAGGUGGAGUGUCGAAGAAGCUGCAGCGACCAUCCCUCGUCGAAUGUCUAUGGCAGCUCAUCGUCCGUGACCAGCCACUACGACGUCCCCAGAAGAUUCUUAUCCAAGUCCGAGAACAAAAUACUAUGGAUGUGGAAGUCGAAGUCGAAGCUAAACAUGAAAGAGGAGCCGAUUUACGACAUUCCCAAGUUACGAAGUAUCGAGAGACCUAGAUCCAGCAUUUACGACGACUUGGAAUCUCACCAUGCCGUCACAAGGCCUAUCGAUACUAGAAUCUACAUGAACACCCAGGUGCAAUUGUCAUCGUCGAACAAUCUGAUCUCCGGCAUUUAAUUUAAUUCGAAAGUAAUUGUAAGCAAGCGGUCCCUCUGUCGAGAUUCGUUUAUUUUAGCAUGAAAUUGGUAUAUUAUUAUAUUAUUAUAUAAUCGGUAUAGGUAUCAUGAAAUUAGUUUAUUAGUUUAUUAGUCGGGCAGCUUUGACACGACUUAUUUUCAGAUCUGAUUGUCGCUCGAUAUAUGAUCGGGAACGACGUGUAACGAAAUCGACGAUACAAAUUUUUGUACGAAUUUGUAGUACAGGUAAUUGUGAUUAUUGAGUAUUUCAUGAUCGUUUUAGCACUUUUCCAUGUUGUAAGUAUAUUGCAGCGAACGUUUUAGAAGCUCGGGUCGGAUGAGCGCUUUUUAAAUGCUUGUAGAUUUACGUAAACGUCGUUUUAGGAUUGUACGCAAGUUCUUUUUAACGAUCGUACGUUAUAAACCAUGCACAUAUGUAAUUCUGUCGUGUGAUAGUCCCGUGUAUUUGGGAACAAAUAUUUUACGAGAUCUUUCGAACACGCCAACUGUGACUGUUUCUUUUAAACGAGCGAACUUUGUGUUUUAAUUAAAUCGCGAGAACCAUCUAUUUUUAUAUUCGCACGUAUUUUAACGGUUUAAAAAUCUGUCCUUUUCGUAAGGUGCGAAACGCGAAACAUUCGAUCACAGUUUUUAGUUGAAAGCUGUGGAACGUGGUAGAAGAAACAGAAACUAACUGACAGAAAUUAUACAAAACGUUAAGUCUUACUUACCGUUUCUAACGGAAACUUUCUCGCAAAGACUUUUGUCGUGCGCGCGAUAGAAUAGAUUUUCGAUUUCAAAGCUAUUUCUUAAAAUUCGUUCUCUUUCGUUUCCUUUCGUUGUCACCUGGAAACGCGAAACGAGGAUGCAAAAAAAAAAAAAAAUGCACGAAGAGCAACAAAGAAAAAGCAAAUUUUACCGUCGUGGUAUUUCUGUAAAGAAAUAUCUUACAGUGUGCUGGAACUUGGCGUUACAUAUACUUUAUGAUCUCGAGAUUUACCAAUAUCACGUAAUUGUGGCACGCGUCGAAUUGUAUUAUAAGUGAGAGAUAAUUAAGCUUACGUAGAUGUAAUUGUUUCUACGAAUUCCACACUUUUAUUUAUCGUACGAUUUACGUUUAUACGUAGUUAGACUUU